UUUUUUUACCACAACGAAAAAGACGCCGGCUAAACGUUGUCAGCGAAAAUAUUUAGCGAAAAAUUAAAAUAUCAAUUGCAAAGACACAAAAAUGUCGUUUAAAGGCAAUCCCAAGGUGCAAAAGGUGAUGGUACAACCCAUCAACCUGAUCUUUCGUUACCUGCAAAACCGCUCGCGUGUACAAGUCUGGCUGUAUGAAAACAUUUCGCUGCGCAUCGAGGGCCACAUUGUGGGCUUUGAUGAGUACAUGAAUCUGGUGCUGGACGAUGCCGAGGAGGUGUACGUGAAGACGCGGCACCGCAAGAAUCUGGGCAGAAUCAUGCUCAAGGGCGAUAAUAUAACACUUAUACAGAAUGUUAGCCCAUCUAAGGAUUAGUUCAAAGCCACUGGCAAAUCAACAAAUGCACCAUAUACUACCCUUAAGAGAAUUAAAUGUAAACUGAAAGCUACAAUAAAAGGAAAUGAAUAC